AUGUUGCGGCACGCGGCUCGCGGCGUAUGCCGCGCGGCGGGUCUCCGCAGCGUGAGCUCCAGCACUGCUGCCUUCCAGGAGCUGAAUGCCAGCGAACAGAGCAAGAAGGAGUUUCUGAGCAAAUUCGCUGCCUUCCAGGGCACAAUGAACGAGCCUGAGUUUCCCAGCAACUUCGUCAAGCCGGUGGAGAAGGUGGAGAACGCCAGCGUGCCCGACAAGCUGAAGUUCAACUUCUACAUUCCCUCUGCGGCCAUCAACCAGGGCAGCUCGGUGGACCUGGUCCUCCUGCCCGCCACCACCGGCGACUUUGGCGUCAUGCCGGGGCACGUGCCCACCGUAGCGGAGCUCCGGCCUGGUGUCGUCUCUGUGCACAACGAGCUGGACAAGGACGUCACCAAGUACUUUGUCAGUGGCGGCUUCGCCUUCAUCCAUGCCGACUCCACCACCGAUGUGUGUGCUGUGGAGGCUGUCCCUCUCUCCGACAUCGACUCUGACGCCGUCCGUGCCGGCCUUGCCGAGUAUACGGGCAAGCUGGCCUCGCUGCAGGGCAAGGGUGACGACUACGAGCUCGCGGCCGCACAAGCCGGCGUGGAGGUCUACUCCGCGCUCAACUCCGCCCUGGGCCUCUGA